UGAGCGUUGUGCGCAGGCGCAAAGCCCGUUGCAUUCCGGGACUUGUAGUAACCAGCACGAUAAUGCUGCGGAGAGGACUACAUUUCCCAAAAGCCCUGCGAAGCCUUGCGCACAUCCUCCGGAAGGAGUUCCUUCCACGAGGUUCUGAGCGUGAGGGCCGUCGCGUGUGAGCUGCUGGGGCGGCGGUCUGCGAGAUGCCCAAGGCCAAGGGCAAGACCCGGAGGCAGAAGUUCGGUUACAAUGUCAACCGAAAGCGUCUGAACCGGAAUGCGCGGCGGAAGGCGGCGCCGCGGGUCGAGUGCUCCCACAUCCGACACGCCUGGGACCACGCCAAAUCGGUGCGGCAGAACCUGGCCGAGAUGGGCUUGGCGCUGGACCCCAACAAGGCGGUGCCCCUCCGUAAGAGAAAGGUGAAGGCCAUGGAGGUGGACAUGGAGGAGAGGCCGAAGGAGCUUGUGCGGAAGCCCUAUGUGCUGAAUGAACUGGAGGCAGAAGCCAGCCUCCCCGAAAAGAAGGACAAUACCCUGUCUCGGGACCUCAUCGAUUACGUACGUUACAUGGUGGAGAACCACGGGGAGGACUAUAAGCAGAGUGGCAAGCUUUCCGCGACUCUUUGCAGAAGAGUAAGAUGGAGGUGGGAUGACUGGCCUUCAUCACUCCGGCCCCAGCUGAGCCUCUUCUGGGCCCCUGGGGCUGGGGCCAGGGUUCCAGGCUGGGGGGGGCAUGGCUGUGGAGGGGCUGGCCAGAUCCCCUGGAACCAGAAUGGCGCGCACACUCCCCCUCUGGGGAAGGAACUGUCCCUCGGGCUCCGAUUUCUACUUCCCUGGGGCUCAUGGGAAGGCAAUAACCUGCUGUUUUCAGGGUGGGUGGUUUUUUAAAAUUCUGUUUGUACAUAAUAAAACCAAGAUAUUUUACUUCUC